UGUGGCAACAUGACAAGCAGACAUCCCAAGAUCACUAGCAAGGAAAUGACCCCUCUAACUGGGACUAACAUGUUGCUAAACCAGUAGAUUGUCCAGUGUAGUUCUACAACCAAACUUCACAAAGUCUACUACUCCCAAAUAUGUGAUAGCAUGGAAUAGCAUGGGCACUUCCAUUAUUUACAAACAUCUUUCUCAUGAUUGAAUUACACAAUUCAUGAUAAAAGAAGAUAAAUGAACAAUUAUAAAAGUGGGAAAAGAAAAAAGAAGUAAAAGAGAUCUUGAGCAUUAAGACUUUGAACCAAAAGAUACCUUUGGCCCCAUAUAGUUCAUCUCUCCACAACUGAGAAUACAUAUAUCUCCGGUGACCCAUCUCUGUUUUCUUGCAGAGUUGCUAAAGAGUAAAGACUGAAAGAUGAACAGAACACUUAGAAAAUGGUCUGAAAGAAACGUUUGGGAAAUUCUCUUUUGGAAUUCAUAGCAAGUUAGCAGCGAAACUGCUUCUAAAAUUCAAGUCAAACAAUAGAAAAAAAUGGGGGAAAGACGCAGCUCCACCAUUGAUUGCCUAUUAAAAUUUCUUGCAAUUAAGUGAUUAAACCCUAACAUUUGCCAAUCCAUGAUCUAUCGAACUAUCGAAGCAAAAAAUUCUAAAGAGAAAAUCAUAACUUCUAUAGGUAAAUACCCGAUGAAAUUGAACGACGGAAUUCGAAGACUAACCGCCAAGGCUAACAAAAACGUUAAUUCUGCCACCACGAUUUCAGCACGCGGAAGAGAGCAGGUUGAUUCUUCCAAAGAGAGAGACUAUGGGAGAGGAGACUGUUUCGGUCGUCCGAGGCUGCAUAGAUAGAGGAGGGCCGCCGGGGGGGAGGGGGGGUGGGGGUGGACAUUUUCCGACCGUUAGGUUUGGUUUCUGAAGGGUCACGCAGAAAGGGGGUACUAGUGUACUACUACUAUUAGACCGUUUUGGUCAAAAUUUUAUGUUGACCCAGUUGGGUACAUCGC